AUGGCUGUGCUUGUGUUUCUGACCUUGUUGGUGGCAGGUGUUUUGGGGAACGAGUUUAGUAUAUUAAGAUCACCAGGGUCUGUUGUUUUCCGAGAAGGAAACUGGCCUAUACCAGGAGAACGGAUCCCAGAUGUUGCUGCAUUGUCCAUGGGCUUCUCUGUGAAGGAAGACCUCUCUUGGCCAGGCCUCGCAGUGGGUAACCUAUUCCAUCGUCCUCGAGCUACAGUGAUGGUGAUGGUGAAGGGAGUGGACAAGCUGGCUUUACCCCCAAAUAGUGUCAUUUCAUACCCUUUGGAGAAUGCAGUUCCUUUCAGUCUUGACAGUGUUGCAAAUUCCAUUCAUUCCUUAUUUUCUGAAGAAACUCCUGUGGUUUUGCAGUUGGCUCCUAGUGAGGAAAGAGUGUAUAUGGUGGGGAAGGCAAAUUCAGUUUUUGAAGACCUUUCAGUAACAUUACGACAGCUCCGUAAUCGCCUGUUUCAAGAAAACUCCAUUCUCAGUUCACUUCCCCUCAAUUCCCUGAGUCGGAACAAUGAAGUCGACCUGCUCUUUCUUUCCGAACUGCAAGUGCUACAUGAUAUUUCAAGUUUGUUGUCUCGACAUAAGCAUCUAGCUAAGGAUCAUUCUCCUGAUUUAUAUUCACUGGAGCUGGCAGGUUUGGAUGAAAUUGGGAAACGUUAUGGGGAAGACUCUGAACAAUUCAGAGAUGCUUCUAGGAUCCUUAUUGACUCUCUGCAAAAGUUUGCAGAUGACAUGUACAAUCUUUAUGGUGGGAAUGCAGUGGUAGAGUUGGUGACUAUCAAAUCAUUUGACACAUCCCUUGUGAGAAAGACAAGGACUAUCCUUGAGGCAAAACAGAUGAAGAGUCCACCAACUCCCUAUAACCUUGCAUAUAAGUAUAAUUUUGAGUAUUCAGUGGUUUUCAACAUGGUACUUUGGAUAAUGAUUGCCUUGGCCUUGGCUGUGAUUGUCACCUCUUACAAUAUUUGGAACAUGGAUCCUGGAUAUGAUAGCAUCAUUUAUAGGAUGACCAACCAGAAGAUUCGAAUGGAUUGAACUUUCCUUACACCAGACUUAGAAAAGGGGUUUGGAAAUUUGCUGUUUUGUUAAAAUAAAUCUUUCGGUGGUUUAAACUAGAUAGCAUAAUUUAAAUUUACAAAAAAAGCAAAUUUUGUUCUCUGUUUUGUGUGUGCCUGUGACUUUUUUUUAAAAGUGGAUUACAGUAUUGGUGUGAAUCAAAUUGUGUGAUAUAGAUUCCCUAAUAUGCUCAAAUAUUAUAUAACCAUUUAAUAAUACAGUUUCAUUCCAUUUAACAUAUGGAAAUAUGCACUGAAAUAAUUGUAAAACAUUUAGAUUAGCUUGUGUUAUUUAUAUUGAAACGUUGCACUGAAUUUAUUAGAGAAACUUAAGGAUGCUUAAUUUCCUUACAUGGGAUAGGUGAAAAUCAUGUUUGAGCUGUUGUGUACUAUUAACCAUUUGUAAAUGUCUUAAUUUGAUGUAAAUAGCUCUAAAACAAGAGAAAACGUUUCUAAUCUAGAGCAACCCUAAAAUAUGGAUGUGCUUACACAAUUUCUUAGUUUUGCAACUGUAUUCUGAUUGACAGGAUAGUUAUUUUUUAACCUCUUCUAAAAGUUUGGUGAUCCGAAUGGUCUGGUGGGGAUAUUAAAAAUACUAUGUUGAUCUAAGAAACAGGUAGCUUUGUGGAGGAAUAGAUGUAAAAACAUCUUGGCGGGGGAUACUUUGGGGCAUGAAUAUAAAAUAUUUUUAUUUCAGUAACUUUUCCCCCUAUGUAAGUAUAUAUGGUUUGCGGUACAACUUCAUUCUAUAGAAUACUAAGUGGAAAUGGAUAAUUCCUACUUUUCAUGUGAAAGUGGACCAAUGUCUUACUAUAAAGAGUGACAAAUAAAGUUAAUAAUGAUUCCAAA